AUGGGCUCAUCUAAUUUUGUUCGCUUUUGCUUGGUUUUUUCCCCUAUUUGUUCCUUGAUGAGCGCUAACGAUUUCUACUAUUCCGCAAAAUACGAAGACGAUGAGUAUGAGUAUCGUCACGUGCAUGUGACUAAGGAAGUUGCUAAACUCAUUCCCAAAAAUCGUCUGAUGUCCGAAAGUGAGUGGAGAAGUUUGGGUAUCCAACAGUCUCCAGGAUGGAUUCAUUAUAUGAUACACUCUCCAGAAAGGCAUGUGUUAUUAUUCCGACGUCCUUUGCCAAAGCCUCAAAUAACUGAGAAAAAGAGAGGAAAACAAACAAUUUCAAACUGUGCAUAG